CUUAGUUCUCUUGCCACUGGCCCCGUAGCUCUGUGUGCUGAUUGUGUCGAUGGUCUGCUGGUUGCUUCGUUGGGCUUUUAUACGGAAUGGAGUUUCCUCAUCCAGAACGUAUGAGGCUUCGCAGGUGUGACAGUGCAGCCUCAGUGCCUCAGUUCUGUAACUCUCCGACACUGAUUGUGAUGGUGGGAUUGCCUGCCAGGGGGAAGACAUACAUCUCCAAGAAGCUAACUCGCUACCUGAACUGGAUCGGGGUUCCGACAAAAAUGUUUAACGUGGGACAGUAUCGCAGGGAGGCUGUCAAGAUCUAUAAGAACUUUGAGUUCUUUAAACCUGAUAAUGAGGAGGCCAUGAGGAUCCGCAAGGCCUGUGCAGCAGCCGCACUCAAAGACGUCAGUGCUUACUUCACAAAGGAACAGGGACAAGUAGCCGUAUUUGAUGCUACCAACACCACAAAGGAGAGGAGGGCAGUCAUCAUCAGUUUUGCAAAGGAGAAGGGCUACAAGGUGUUUUUUAUAGAAUCUAUUUGUGAUAACCCAGAAAUCAUUGCGGAGAACAUCAAGCAAGUAAAAUUUGGGAGUCCGGAUUAUGUUGACCGUGACAUAGAUGAAGCCAUGGAAGACUUCAUCCAGCGCAUCGAGUGUUACAGGGCAAACUACAUACCUAUAGAUGAUGAGAAAGACAGGAAACUCUCCUACAUAAAGAUCUUUGACGUGGGCAGUACGUACCUGGUGAACCGAGUCCAGGACCACAUUCAGAGCAGGAUAGUUUACUACCUCAUGAACAUCCACGUCACACCGAGAUCCAUCUACCUGAGCCGCCACGGAGAGAGCGAGCUCAACCUGUUGGGUCGCAUUGGUGGAGAUUCAGGCUUGUCCCCUAGAGGACUAAAGUAUGCAAAUGCCUUGGCAGCCUUCAUUAGAAGUCAGAAAAUCACUGACUUGAAAGUGUGGACCAGUCACAUGAAGAGGACCAUCCAGACUGCAGAGGCUGUGGGAGUCCAGUACGAACAGUGGAAGGCUCUCAAUGAGAUAGAUGCUGGUGUAUGUGAGGAGCUGACUUACGAAGAGAUUCAGGAGAAUUUCCCAGAAGAGUUCGCACUGAGAGAUCAGGACAAGUACCGUUAUCGUUACCCCAAGGGUGAGUCCUAUGAGGACCUUGUCCAUCGUCUUGAGCCGGUCAUCAUGGAGCUGGAGAGGCAGGAAAACGUUCUGGUUGUCUGCCACCAAGCUGUGAUGCGCUGUCUGCUGGCCUACUUCCUCGACAAACCUGCAGAUGAGCUGCCGUAUUUAAGAUGUCCCCUUCACACGGUGCUCAAACUCACACCGAUAGCCUACGGGUGUAAAGUUGAGUCAUUUUUCCUCAAUAUUGAAGCCGUCAACACACACAGAGAGCGGCCAGUGAAUGUCAACAUCAACAGAGACCCAGACGAAGCUCUGCAGACUGUUCCUGACCACAUCUAAAUAGUGGCUUAGGGGGAAAUGAACUUCAGUCAUGUGAAACUGGAUACGCUGCCACUAGUAAGCUUCACUGAAUAUUAGAAAUGACUCCAGUGAAAUGCUGAUUGUGGAGAGACUUUAAAGCAGAAGAAGAUAAGAUGGUAGUGACUGAAAAGCGUCUAACCUUUAGCUGCGUCUGUUUUUAAGAUGUCUGUGAAAUGUUCCUUUGUCUUUUUCUGACACUAUGUGGUUUGCUUUUUUUGAAUUGUUUACAAAUAAUUUACAGGGAGAGAAAAAGCCCUGUGUCUUGAAGCAGAAAGAAACACAUAGAGAGGUUUCCGUUAUAUCAGAGGAUUUCAUGUCUAUGUAAGUGUCGUAUGGAUAACAAAAUGUAUUGUUGAUGAUCGAGUUAUUAGGAAUCAGCACCAAGGACAGCACCCAAACAAACAAAGCAUGCUGCAAAUUUGGACACUUAACACUUAACUUGGCAUUUAUUCUCUAACUGUCUGGACUCUGCUGAAGGGAUGAACACCAUCAUUUGGUGUUCCGAUGAUGGUGGUGCAGAACCCUGACUAAUACAAUAGUCCAGAAUCCUCCACUGGUGUUCAGUUGUGCUUAGGUUUGUUGACUUUCAACACAGAUCCAUAUUAUUUUUAUACUUGUGUGGGUCAUUCACCCUUGAAAUAAACCUCUCCCAUCACGAUAGAAAUGUCUUUGCACAGGAUUUUGGCCAUCUCCAUUCCAUAAAUUUUUGAGACGUUUUUCAGAAUGAAGUGUUCUACAAACCAGGCUGUGACUGACAUAUGAACAACCUUCUUUGUAAAAACCUUCAGUACAUAGACAGGAAUAAAAGUCUGUUGUAUGUAAGUGCUGCCAAAGUGGAGAUUUCUGGGUCAGAGUAGGAGGAAAAACUCAUUUUGAGAAAAAACCUUUUAAGAUAAGAUAAUCCUUUAUCAAACCCACAGUAAGGCAACUUGCAGUGUUACGGCAGCACAGAGGAUAGUGCAAAACUGUAAGGGUGUCAGUAAGAAAUAAAGAUGAAUAAGAACUAUAGAUAAGUUACAAUGCACUAUAUAACAAUAACAAUAAGUGAAACAGGCAGUGGUUGCACAUAUAGCAUACAGGAAAUAUUGAUAAUGCACAGAUGUCUUCUAUAUGUAGAAAAAAUUUUGAUGUUGCACAGAUUCUUCCAUUUGUAGAAAAUAUGGAUAUUGCACAGAACUGUGUGGUAAUUAAAUUCUGCAGACCCAAACAGAUGGAGUGGAAUGAAAUACUAAAAUAAACACGUAAAACCUAAAUGUGUAUUUUGGAUGUUUUCUUACCACUAGCCUAUUUUUGCCUGUAGUGUCUUCCCUUAAUUUGUCCCUGGCUGAAUCUAGAAUAAGAAAAAUGUCCAUUUUCUUUCUUUCUUUAUUAUUUUUUAAAAAGGCUCAGCCUACUAAGAAUUCGAGCCAGCAAGCUUAUGCACAAAAAGCACUAGAUUAUUAAUUUAACAUAAAGUCAGCUUGGUAGAUUUUUAGACAGACAAUGACCAUUUUUAUGUUCUUGUAUUAGAUGGUAGUGUACAUAAUUGAUCACAAGUUCAGCAUUAGCAAGGAGUACUAAAAUUCAUUCAUGUCUAUGAGGGCGUCUUCCCUCAAAAGUCCUACUCUGACACUUGACCAUAUUAGAACAAAUGGAAGUAGUGAAGAUAUUUUCAAACUAAUGGAUAACCCUCUAUGUGACUCUCAUGUAAACAGUAAAAAUGUUUGUAAAUGUAUAUUUAUGUAAAAACAAAAUAAAGGUAGAAGCUAA